AUGAGGAGGAAGAAACUGGGCAUAGCAUACUCUUACUAUCAGCCUUAUCUCCUUCAGUACAAACAAGAAAAGCCUAUUGUCUCCUCCUAUGUCUACCAUUCACAGGCACUUGUCAACUUUGAAUCUCAGCCAGACAGAAGACACUGCUGUGUUUAUGUUCAUGGAAGUUUUUGGAGCCCCCAUACGUGGGUGCGGGGGCGGGGCCGGCGGAAGCGCUCGCGCACGGCUGUCAGCUGCACCGGAAGUUCCUGGCUUGGGCCUGGCGGUAACCUUGGGAGCCUCGCUGCCGCCGCGCCGCCGCUGCCGCCGCUCACGCCGCUGCCGCUGCUGCGGGUUGUGCUUUGCAAGUCCGAUCGUCAGUCCAGGCCAGGCUCGUUAGCUGCCAGGAGCUGCCGGAGUUACGAGGAGGCUGCUCGGGGCCGCGGGGAGCGGGAAGUACGGGUUCGAGGCCGCCUAGCCGAAAUGUCUCUGGUGGCGGAAGCUUUCGUCUCUCAGAUCGCAGCUGUAGAACCUUGGCCUGAAAAUGCUACGUUGUAUCAGCAGCUGAAAGACGAGCAGAUUUUGCUUUCUGACAAUGCGGCUUCUCUUGCUGUGCAGGCCUUUUUGCAAAUGUGUAAUCUGCCUAUCAAAGUGGUUUGUAGGUCAAAUGCAGAAUACAUGUCUCCAUCUGGUAAAGUACCUUUUAUUCAUGUGGGAAAUCAAGUAGUAUCAGAACUUGGUCCAAUUGUCCAAUUCGUUAAAGCCAAGGGCCAUUCGCUUAGUGACGGGCUGGAUGAAGUCCAAAAAGCAGAAAUGAAAGCCUACAUGGAAUUAGUCAACAAUAUGCUGUUGACUGCAGAGUUGUAUCUUCAGUGGUGCGAUGAAGCUACAGUAGGGGAGAUUACUUAUGCUAGGUAUGGAUCCCCUUACCCUUGGCCUCUGAAUCACAUUUUGGCCUAUCAGAAACAGUGGAAAGUGAAACGUAAGAUGAAAGCUAUUGGAUGGGGUAACAAGACUCUGGACCAGGUCUUAGAAGAUGUAGACCAGUGCUGUCAAGCUCUUUCUCAAAGACUGGGAACACAACCAUAUUUCUUCAAUAAGCAGCCUACAGAACUAGAUGCUCUGGUAUUUGGGCAUUUGUAUACCAUUCUUACCACGCAGUUGACUAAUGAUGAACUUUCUGAGAAGGUGAAAAACUAUAGCAACCUCCUUGCUUUCUGCAGAAGAAUUGAACAUCAUUAUUUUGAAGAUCGUGGUAGCUCAUCUAUCAGAAAGUGUAUAGGAGUCCCUGGGUAGUGCAAACAGUUAAGCACUCAAUUCCUAGCUGAAAUGUUGGCGAUUUGAACCACCCAGAGGCGCACUGGAAGACAGGCCUGGUGAUCUGCUUAUGAAAGGUCACAGCCUUGAAAACCUUAUGGAGCAAUUCUACUCUGCACACAUGGGGUUGCCACGAGUUGGAAUUGACUCAGUGGCAACUAACAACAACAAGUAAGUGUGUAGAGGUAUCAUGCUGUGGUUUUUAAAUUUACAUUUCGCUAAUAACAGUGUGAAUGUUGGGUAUAUUUCAUAUGCUUGUUUGCCAUCUGAAUAUCUUCUUUUAUGAAGUAAUUGUUGAAAUCUUUUGCCUAUUGUUUUAUUGGGUUGUUUUCUGAUUGUGUUUUGA